UCAAUCUAGUUUUUACAUCUCUUUCUUAUUUUUUGGAAUGUUAUCUUUACAUUUGUAUACAAAAAUAAUACCGGGAGUUAAUUCAAUUAUUCCAAGGACGAGUAUAGGACAAUCUUUUUUAACUCGUCAUCCAAUACAAAAUGCAAUCCAAUCACCUUUAAUUUCAUCAAGUUUGAUAAUUCAACAAAAAAGAACUGGGACUGCGAAACCGAAAUAUAAAACACCUAAGGAAAAACAAGUAAAAACUUUAGGAUUUAAACAAAAAAAGACUAAAAAAGAAUCUUCGAGAGAUGUGGAAAUCGCCAGUACAAGUAGUUCUGGACGGGGUGGUGAAGAGUUUUACAAGCCUGCUCCUGAUGUUAUUUUAAAUGAUAUGUUUCCGGAAGUUUUUACCAAUGAAAAUGUUGGUAAAAUUUAUCAAAUUCCUAAAGAGGUCAUUCCAAAAUUUAAAGUAUUUAAGUUUCCAAUGUCGUUAUCCAAAGAGUUUGAACUAUUUCACAACUCAUCAUUAGUCGUUCGUCAAUCAUCAGUAGAAUUGAUAAAGCUACUUGAGGAAGCAUCCACAUUACCUAGUACAAAAAAUAGACACAUUAUAUCAGGACCGUUGGGUAUCGGUAAAAGCGCGUUACUUAUGCAGGCUGUUAAUUAUGCAAUGUGUAAACCAUGGAUUGUAAUUUAUAUUCCACAUGCUGUUCAAUAUGUAAAUAGUACUUCUCCAUAUAUGAAGGUGGAAUCAACAGGUGAAUUUAUACAACCUACAUUGACUAUGUCAUUGUUGCAACAAAUCAAGCUUGUAAAUGAGCCUUACCUAAGAAACAUCAAUCUUAGAAGAGGCCAUCAAAUACAUCGUCAUGUAAUUAAGGAUAAAAAUACAUCUCAAUUACUGGAAAUAGGAAUAAAUGAUCCUCAUUCUGCACAGGAAGUUUUUGAGAUAUUUUUGGAGGAAAUUGGAAAUAAUCAAGAAUAUCCUGUUCUUCUCGCAGUUGAUGAAAUCAAUGCAUUUUAUACUGACUCUAAAUAUUUUGAUGUCGAUGAUACUUUGUUGGAAGCUAAUAGAUUAUCACUUCCUCGGACAAUCUUGGAAUAUUUUUCUGGAAAAAAAGAUUUCACAUAUGGGGCAGUGAUUGGGGCUUUAUCACAAACUUUUAAACCAUUCAUUAGUAAACCAUUAGAAAUUGCACUUGGAUUAACUGAAGCAUCGCCAUGGAAACCUGUUUCUCGUACAAUUUUGCAGUACACGACAGGAUUACAAAAUUUUGACGUAAAAGGAUAUUCAAAAGACGAAGCAAAAGCUGUGAUAGACUAUUAUUACGAAAUGUCUAUAUUACCACAACCAAAGGAACAACUUUUUGUUAAACACUUUUUGGCAACAAAUGGAAAUCCAAGAAAAUUUUAUUUAGCAUGCUGGAAAGGAUUGUAAAUAAUUUGUUAUUUUGUACUAUUCUACAAAAGAUCCGAUUAAAGUAGAUAACCGACAAUUAAAAAUAAAAAGGGUUAAUUAUUUUUGAUAUAAAUAUGGAAAUUACGUAAUGAUUUUUAAUACGGGGA